CAUCCACUGCUGCAACAGACAGCAUUGAGCGUCAAUCCAUUCAUCGACCUGCCAAAGGCGCCAACAUUACCGCACAACUACGCUUCGCUUCCAUCCAUACUGCCGCCGUCAAUCCUGCAGUCUCCUCCUGCACCUUCCAAUCCGGAUCUCCCAGGCUAUGUGACCUCUUCGUCAGGCUUCGCAGCACACCCAAAGACGAUUAUAGCACAGAACAAGUCACUGCUCGAACAGAUCGAGACGCAGCGAAAGCAUGCAGAAAAGGAGGUGCAUCAGUGGGAGCAGAGCAUAAGAGAUCGUGAACUCGCAGAGAAGAGACGCAAGGCGCCCGGCUAUUUGGAUACUGAGGUCCACAUAUUGGAGCCGGCCAAGGCGAAAGCAGACCUACCACAACUCGGAGCUGCGAGCUUAAUGGAUGAGCCGGCACCGGUAUCGCGACAGCCCAGCAUGAACAAGCAAGUCGAUGAUCUGGGCGAUGCAAUGGACAGAGCCUUUGGG